GGAGAAGCGGAUGAGACUGGAGACCGAAAGGCUUGCCAAAUCCUCGGCAGCUCAGAAGUGGGAGUCCCGGGGCGCUGCCCCUGCCCCUCCAUUGCGCCCUCCACUCUGGGCCAGAGGCAGCAUGGUCCGUGGGGCACCAUGGGACCUGACAGAGUGACAGCCAGAGAGCUGUGUGAGAAUGACGACCUUGCCACCAGCCUUGUCCUGGACCCCUACCUCGGCUUCCGCACCCAUAAGAUGAACGUCAGCCCCGUGCCCCCCCUGCGGCGACAGCACCACCUGCGCUCAGCGCUGGAGGCCUUCCUGAGGCAGCGGGACCUGGAGGCUGCGUACCGGGCCCUGACGCUGGGAGGCUGGAUGGCCCACUACUUCCAGAGCCGGGGCCCGCGGCAGGAGGCUGCCCUCAAGACCCACAUCUAUCGCUACCUCCGAGCCUUCCUGCCUGAAAGCGGCUUUACCAUCCUGCCCUGUACACGCUAUUCCAUGGAGACAAAUGGAGCCAAGAUUGUGUCUACCAGAGCUUGGAAGAAGAAUGAGAAGCUGGAACUCCUGGUGGGCUGCAUCGCGGAGCUGCGGGAGGCCGACGAGGGGCUGCUGAGGGCCGGGGAGAACGACUUCAGCAUCAUGUACUCCACCCGAAAACGCAGUGCGCAGCUGUGGCUGGGCCCCGCGGCCUUCAUAAACCAUGAUUGCAAACCCAACUGCAAGUUUGUGCCCGCAGAUGGGAACGCGGCCUGCGUGAAGGUGCUCCGGGACAUUGAGCCGGGGGAUGAGGUGACCUGCUUCUACGGGGAGGGCUUCUUUGGUGAGAAGAAUGAGCACUGUGAAUGCUACACGUGUGAGAGGAAAGGUGAAGGAGCCUUCCGCCUCCGGCCCCGGGCACCCCUGCCCCCUCGGCCCCCGGACAAGUACGAGCUCCGGGAGACCAAGCGGAGGCUGCAGCAGGGCCUGGAUGGCGGUGGCCGGCAGGGUCCACUGGGCCUGAGGGCCUGUGCCCACCUCUCCCCGCUGCGCCGGGACCCAUUCUGUGCCACCUGCCAGCCCAGGCGCCCCCUGCCCUGCAGUGCCCGCCUUGACGCCUCGCCCCUCUGGCUCCAGUGGCUGCCUCAGCCCCAGCUCCGGGUGCGCCCCCGGAGGCGCCGGCGCCCCCAGCCCCGGCGGGCCCCAGCGACCCCCGUUCUCCGCACCGCCCGCAUCUCCUUGCACCGGUGGGGAGGCUGUGGUCCCCACUGCUGCCUGCGUGCAGAGGCCCUGGUGGCCCUGGGCCCGGCCCCCCGCGCCCACUGGGCCCCACAGCAGGACUGGCACUGGGCCCGGCGCUAUGGGCUGCCUUACGUGGUGCGUGUGGACCUGAGGCGUGUGGCCCCGGCCCCGCCCGCUGCCCCUGCGCCUGCCGGGACCCCAGGCCCUGCCCCCAUCCCCAAGCAGGCCCUUGCCUUCGCCCCCUUCUCCCCACCCAAGCGCCUGAGGCUGGUGGUCAGCCACGGCUCCAUUGACCUGGAUGUCCACGGUGACGGGCUGUGAUGGGCUGGACAGGGAAGGCCCCAGGCCAGGAGAGGAAGGAGUCCCUCCUCGUGCCCCCUGCCUCCGAGCCCCAAGUUCUCGGGGACUCACUGACCUCUAGAAGGAGCCGCUGGACCUCUGGGAGGGAGCUGGCCCUUGGCCCCAGCCCAGUUCUGCCCGGGGCUGGGUUGGUUUGGAGACACCCAGGGAUCUAACCCCUGACCCUUUGUGACUGCUGACCCCUGAGCCACCCCCACCCCAGCAGGGUGCCC